AGUUUCUCCUUUCCCAAAAUCUAUUUUUUUUUCUGCUUUCAACGUUUACUUCAUUUUGGCAUUUCCAGUUACCUCAAGAACAGCAAGUUUUCGUAGAGAUACACAAAAAAUGGAUGCUAGACUCAAUUACCAAUAUUCACAAAGAGCAGAUGGGUUAAGUAACCCUCUAGCAAAGGCUUUGCUUGCUUUAAUGGAGCAAAAGCAAUCGAAUUUGUCUGUUGCCGUCGACUUGACAAAAAAAGCUGACAUCCUUGCUCUCAUCGAAAAAAUUGGUCCUUUUGUUUGUGUCAUUAAGACGCAUGUCGAUGUCAUUGAAGAUUUUGAUCAAGACUUUGUUCAGCAAUUGACCGCCCUUUCCGAGAAGCAUCGAUUCUUCAUCUUUGAGGACCGUAAGUUUGCCGAUAUUGGAAACACCGUCAAGCUCCAAUACUCUUCUGGUGUUUACAAAAUUGCUUCUUGGGCUCACAUUACUAAUUGUCAUACUGUCCCUGGAGAAGGCAUUGUUCAGGGUUUGAAAGAAGUUGGUUUACCUCUUGGUCGCGGCUUGCUUCUCUUGGCGGAAAUGUCUUCUAAAGGAAGUCUGGCCACUGGUUCUUACACAGAAACUACUUUAGAAUGGGCUGAAAAACAUAGCGACUUUUGCAUUGGCUUCAUUGCCGGCCGUCGUUUCCCCAAUCUUCAGCAUGACUUUAUCACUAUGUCUCCCGGUAUUGGAUUGGAUGUUAAAGGCGACGGUAUGGGCCAGCAAUACCGUACACCUCAUGAAGUUAUUGUGAAUUGUGGCAGCGAUAUUAUCAUCGUUGGCCGUGGAAUCUAUGGUGCUGGCCGGGAUCCCGUAGUUGAAGCCCAACGUUACAAAAAAGCAGGCUGGGAUGCCUACCAAGAACGUCUUACCAAAAAAUAAACAUUUUUUUGACUACAACUGGCUGUGUAUCAUAAGUUUGUUAUAGCACGGAUGAACUGGUUGUUUUUUUUUUUACUGAAUCAUGGCAUGAUUAAUAGUAUACUAAUAGGAUCUUUUUUUUCUUGUUAUUGUUUUGGUUGCAUGAUAGGCUUAGUUUGAUAUCACCGCUGUGAAAGGGUUUGGCAAGUUUCGGAGGAAAAGUAAUAUGUACUCAGUCGAUGAUAAAUUCAACAAAAUAAGACAAUCGCUACCGUUACCUUUUUCCAACAGAGAACCAGUACACAGUUUGGGGACCAGCGGGAGAAAGUUUUCUCUUGUUGCAAAGGCAAAUUCAUGUAGAUUUCAAAGGAAAUUAACGCGUUUACGUUUAAAGACCAAGAAGAAACGUAUAGGAUCUAUUUCAUUACCCAAAGAAAGCGUACGAUGUAUGCAUAAAACAAACGUAAAAUAUCUAGUUCUUAAAUAAAGAAGCGUAAGAACGUCAAGAUGGCACCACCGCACAUAACAAUCAAAAAGAAAACUGAAAAUCCAUAGGUUAGUCAAAAAAAGGCAAUCAAACUGUUUAUAGCAACAUACGCGCUAUAUUACGAGGAAUCUUGCUGGGAGGAUGCUUAGCAGCUCCAUUUUCUUUUGAAUUUGUUUUUACCCGACGAGUGACAUUCUUCUGAAAUUGAGCGU